UGGCAGCUGGGCCGGGCGCUGUGCCAGGUGUGGAUCGCCUUCGACGUCCUGUGCUGCACGGCCAGCAUCUGGAACGUGACGGCCAUCGCCCUGGACCGCUACUGGUCCCUCAGCCGCCACCUGGAGUACACCCUGCGUGCCCGUCGCCGCAUCUCCAACGCCAUGAUCGCCCUCACUUGGGCCCUCUCCGCUGUCAUUGCCCUGGCUCCGCUGCUCUUCGGCUGGGGCGAGACCUACUCCGAGGGCAACCAGGAGUGCCAGGUCAGCCAGGAGCCCUCCUACACAGUCUUUUCCACCUUCGGCGCCUUCUACCUGCCGCUCUGUGUCGUGCUCUUUGUCUACUGGAAGAUCUACAAGGCUGCCAAGUUUCGCAUUGGAUCUCGAAAGAGCAACUCCAUCACCCCCAUCGCACCAGAAGGCCUAGAGGUGAAAGAGGCCUCCCAGCAAUCCCAGAUGGUCUUCACAGUCCGCCAUGCCACUGUUACCUUCCAGACAGAUGGAGACACAUGGAGAGAGCAGAAGGAGAAGAAAGCUGCUCUCAUGGUGGGAAUCCUUAUUGGGGUCUUUGUACUGUGCUGGAUCCCCUUCUUCAUCACUGAACUCAUCAACCCUCUCUGCUCCUGUGACAUCCCACCCAUUUGGAAAAGUAUUUUUCUAUGGCUUGGCUAUUCUAAUUCCUUUUUUAAUCCACUGAUCUAUACAGCUUUCAACAAAAACUACAACAAUGCCUUCAGGAACCUUUUCUCCAGACAGCACUGAGCAGCAAGCAGGAAAAGGAAGGAAAUCCCUUCUUCUCCAGCAACCUCAUCACCUUCCCUACUUGGCAGAUUCUCUACAGACUGGGGAAUGCUGAAAGAAACUUAUCAGCCACAGAGAUCACCAUAAUGAUUUACUGUGGUCAUAAAAGAUUGCCUCUGAAAUUCAGCAGCCCUCAGAGACUGCCCACACCUACUUUCCCACUCUCUAAGCCAGUCUCCAUUGCCUGCUGUUUUGUAAACUGCACACAAGGGCUUGUGGUGUCUUGGCAGUAUCCUUUUCCAGCAUGUGGUUGACAUCACCCUCUCUUCAGUGAUGUCACUCAGGCACAGUUUGGUUGCAAGAGCUUGAGAGAGAAGCCCAUCUGACUCAAAAGGGUUUUGAAGCCCAAUGCCUGCUUUGCUGCUCUUUGCAUCUUAGAACUCUUAAUGUGCAUAUUCCUAUAUGCAAAGCUAGACUCCUUUUAGCAGCAGCUGUUUUACUGAAAAACUUUUUCAGAGGUGAAGAAUGGAAUUUGUGUUGCAAACACAGAUUCGUUCUAACUCUAAAAAUCUUAUUUCCUAUUGUGAAUCCUUCAACGAUGAGAUGUUUGCUAUUGGAUUCUGUGUAGCAAGCUUUUCUGUAUUUUCUAGUUGUGGAAGCUUAAUUUGUUAUGUGCAAUGGAGUGAAUGAAAGGAAUGCAUAAUUUAAAACAUCUGUUUCAUGUGCCUGAUUUAGUUACAAAAUACACAGGUGUUCCUUGGCUGCAAAUGUUUAAACUUAAUGUCUGUGUUAGACAAAGGAAGUUACCAUAAUUCAUGGAUGCAUUUUAAUUGCCUUUUCUGUAAUCGUUUAAGCAAAUAUAUUUCAACAUGCACAUUAGUUCAAAGCUGCGUUUUUCAUUCUAGAUAGGCACAAUACCGUUCCCACUGAAGUCAAAGGAAAGGCUCCAACUGAUUUCAGUGGGAGUUAGAUUGGUCAC